AUGCAAUAAAGCAUCGUCCGAUCCAGCCUCGUUUCUUCCUCCGUCACUCCGACCCCAAUAACUUCCGGUAUUAUUCCUUCCAACCUCCAUCUCCUUGUUUGUCGGUGCUGUUCCCGCUGACCGCCGUUAAUCGUCCCGACGACGACGCCUCCGUCCGCCGUCCACUGUCCGUCUCCGGCGGGCCUCAGCUGGGGCGGAGGGCGGAACUGGAGGAGAACUCACCUAGUCCCCUGACACCUGGAGAGGGCGGAGGGCCGAGAAGGAGAACUGGAGAAGAGACGCCGUCAAGAACCGAGUUAUCGAGGAACGGAAAGCCGGGAAGGAAGAACUCUUGAGUCAAGAACCGAAGAAGAGCUGAGCUGCUGAAGGAAGAACUCAAGGAUGAAGAAGAAGACGCCGUCCUCUUUGGUUAUUUGGGAUUCUGGUGUCGGUGACUACGGGCUACGGCUAAGAUUUAAGAAGUAAGAAGACGGUGGCGGUGCCUGGCGGAUGGUUGGAUGGAGAAGACGGGCUACGCUGGGGCCUGGGCAGCUGGAGAAGACGGGCUAUGGACGGGGGAUGGCUAAGAUGUCUUGUCCCAUUACUCCCGUAAGUGGUAGGCCGUAACUCGUAAGCCCUAUCCCCGUUGCCCGUUGGCCUGGAUGCCGGUUGCCGGGCCGUUGGUCGCUGCCCGUUGGUCACUAUCCGCUGGUCGCUGGAGGAGGAGCUCUCCCAGAGGCGGAGGCCGGAGGCCUUCCUAUGGUCCAAGGCCCUAGGCGACCACCUCGAUCGCCUAGGGCUCAGGCCAGCACUGCCUGUGCUUAGAAGCCCUUCCAUGUUGCUUCCACCCUUGAGAGAGGAAAUUGGAUCAGUCCAUGCACAAUACUGUUGAGGUACCAAAAAACUCAUAUUAGUAGGCUAGUUUCUAGAUUAUCUUUGAAGGGAUGAAAGGGGGGAAUUUACAUAAACUGAGAGGUAAUAAACUCUCUCUCAGUCUUAUUGCUCUCCUCUGCACGACCCUUGUUGUUUGGGUAUGGGAGAAAACCCCAAACCUCUCUACUUUCCUUCCACCUCCAGAGCAGUUUGAUAUAUUUUCUUCAGCAACAGUGGUUCCUGCACGAACUCCAAUAUCUCUCUCAGAAAAUAAAAUUGAGACGCCAUCUGCAAAGGAAGAUUUGUCAGCCAUACGCAGACCUGUAAAUGCAUUACCUGAUGAAGGAGGGAAAGUUGUUGUUCUUCCACAAACAGGUUCCUCGAUGAGGAGCUCAUCGGAGAAGAAAGAUAAGGGUAAAGAAUCAAAAAACAUGCCUGUCGAAAAAAAAGUAGAGUGUAAUUAUGCAAAGGGAAAGUGGGUGGCAGACAAAAGACGACCAUUAUAUUCUGGUUUUGGUUGCAAGCAGUGGCUUUCACAAAUGUGGGCAUGCCGGUUGAUGCAACGACCUGAUUUUGCCUACGAGAGCUUCCGCUGGCAACCACAAGGUUGUAAUAUGCCAGAGUUCACAGGAUCUGAAUUCUUGAGAAGGAUGCAGCACAAAACAAUUGCUCUGGUUGGGGAUUCAUUGGGAAGGCAGCAGUUCCAAUCCCUGAUGUGUAUGGUCACUGGUGGUAAUUAUAGCCCGGAAGUGUUAGAUGUUGGAGAGGAAUAUGGCCUUGUUAUAGCACCUGGGGCCAUACGACCUAACGGUUGGGCAUAUCGAUUUCCAAGCACCAAUACAACCAUUCUAUUCUACUGGUCCGCUAGUUUAUGCGAGUUGGAACCUUUGAAGGAACAGGAUCCGGCUACUCAUUAUGCCAUGCAUCUUGACCGCCCUGCAAUAUUUUUAAAGCAGUAUCUUCAUAGGUUUGAUGUUCUACUACUUAACACCGGGCACCAUUGGAAUAGAGGCAAGUUUACAGCAAACAGAUGGGAAAUGUAUGUUGGUGGAAAACCCAACACCGAUAGAAAACUUGCACGGAUUUGGAACGCCAGAAAUCUUACUGUCUAUAGUGUUAUCAAGUGGCUUGAUGCGCAGCUUCCACAACAUCGUCAAUUGAAAGCCUUUUUUAGGACAAUAUCUCCAAGGCAUUUUGUCAAUGGAGAUUGGAAUACCGGGGGAAGCUGUGAUAAUACCAUCCCGUUGGCAGGCGGAAGCGAGGUUCUGCAGGAUGGUUCGAGUGAUACCGUUGCUGAGGGUGCAGUAAGGGGAACGAGGGUGAAGCUCUUGGAUAUUACUGCUUUGUCACAGCUGAGAGAUGAGGGACAUAUAUCCAAAUAUAGCAUUAAAGCCUCAACAGGGGUGCAUGAUUGCUUGCAUUGGUGCCUUCCAGGUAUACCUGAUACAUGGAAUGAAAUACUUUAUGCACAGGUGUAGGCUCAUUUUGGUGAUGCAUGCAUAUUGCAGCCACUCUCCUAUGCUGGGUACCCAAAAUAUUUGCUAUGUGGGGGGUACUCCUAAUGAACACACUAUCGAAAAAAGGCACCAAGGAAGAUCUUGUGAGAAGCACUGUAUUGCAACAUUUUUCAAGGCCGAGCACCUAUACUUCUGCGCUAUCUUUUAUCUUACAUUUCAUACUAGAAGAUUCUUGAUUGAAAUCGCCUCCUAAAAUUGUUAGUAUUUUCUGGCUCAACUUUCCUGGAGGAAAUGUUUUUGCCGUCAACGAAAAGCACAAUAUGUUUCUGAGAAUGAUGCAGAAGGCACUCUAGCAGUGGUGUAUAUUUUAGUUGUAUAGUUCAGUUUUUUCAAAUUAUGAGGUCUCGCAAAUUGAAAGCCUAUUUGUGAGCCUGUAUUUUAACUCUAUCAUCAGAGAUUGGGACUAGAUUGCUUGUAUCACUGUCAACAGUUUGGUGCGAGAUCCUUGCAGAUUCUGUAAACAUAUGAAAUUUAUUGGGUUACCAACUUGUCUUAAGAAGCAUCCUUUUUGUUUCUUUUGAUCAGUGCAUGCAAGACAAUGCUAAAUUUAUUCA